CAUUGUCACCUUUGUUCUCAUCCACUAGACUAGAGCAAGGGGUUUCCAAAUUACAGCCCAUAGGUCACAUUUAGCACACUUCAAAUUUUUAUCUGGCCCACAGCCAGGGGCGGACUGACAACUCAUAGGGGCCCCUCGGCAAUAGAGGAUCAUGGGGCCCCUGUGUCCUUGCCCACACUCAAAGCACACUCAAAAAAAGCCUAUAAAAGGUACAAGGGGCAUUUCAUGGGGCCCCACAACUGACCCAGGGCCCUCAGACAAUGCCGGGGCCCCAUGAGUUGUCAGUCCGCCCCUGGU